AAUAACCGGUCUUUUCCUAUAGCGUUCCCCAUUUUCCAAGAGACCUGACCUUGGGACGGCUAUUCAUGGGGGACGAGCUACGGAGUUGAGGGGUUGCUUAUAGCAGGUAUAAGUCCACGGGCAUCGUCAGUUGACCGUGCAUCCAGCGUACAAAUCCAAGUGUCGAGUAGCUGCGUCGCCUGUCGCUUUUGCCAAUAGCCGAUCUUUCCACUGAGAACAUCGCCUAUAAUGUCUCUGUCCGCAGAUACGACUCCCCAUUGGGAGGAGAUUGGCGCGAGGAAACGAGGAGCCCUCGCGGCGUCCAUCCCGGAAGAAUGGCGGAUUCCGGCGGAUCUGCUGCCGCCAGAGGCGCAGGACGAUGUGACGAGCUGGCCGGAGACGUCCGGGUGGUUCACGGACGAGGAGCUCGCGAUCACGGAGCAGACGGCAGGUGACCUCGUGCGCCGCCUGAGUACAGGAGAGCUCACGUCCGAGGCUGUAACGAGGGCGUUUUGCAAGCGAGCUGCGGCGGCGCACCAACUCACAAACUGUCUCUCCGAGACGUGCUUCGACCGCGCCCUCGCGACGGCCCGGCAGCGCGACGAGCAAUUCGCCCGCACCGGCCAGCCCGUCGGCGCUCUGCACGGGCUCCCCAUCUCGCUCAAGGACAACUUCCACCUGCGCGGGCUCGACGCCACCGUGGGCUUCGCGUCGCACGUCGGCGACGCGGCCGACGACGACGCCGCGCUGGCCAAGCUGCUCGAGGAGGGCGCCGGCGCCGUCUUCUACGUCAAGACCAACGUGCCCACGGCCAUGAUGAUCGCCGAGACGGUCAACAACGUGUUUGGCCGGACGCUCAACCCCCGGAACCGCAGGACGACGAGCGGGGGCAGCUCGGGCGGGGAGUCGGCGCUCAUUGUCAUGAAGGGCAGCCCCCUCGGCGUGGGCACGGAUAUCGGUGGUUCGCUGCGCAUCCCCGCCGCUUGUACGGGCAUCUUCACCAUCCGCCCGUCAUUCGGCCGCUUCCCCGUCCGCAACUGCCGCUCCGGCAUGCCCGGCCAAGAGGCCGUCGCGUCCGUCAACGGGCCCAUGGCGCGGACGCUCGCCGACGUGGAGCUCUACAGCAAGACGGUCGUGGACUGCGAGCCGUGGCUCUACGACGCCAAGUGCGUCCCGCUCGCCUGGCGCGCCGCGCAGCUGCCCCCGAAGCUCACGAUCGCCGUCAUGUGGCACGACGGCAUGGUCCGGCCGACGCCCCCCGUCGCCCGCGCGCUGCGCGACACGGUGGCCAAGCUCAGGGCCGCGGGGCACGACAUCGUCGACUGGGACCCGUCCGACCAGAAACAGGGCGCCGACCUUCUUGGGCGCAUGUUUGUCGCCGAUGGUGGCAAGGCCAUCAGGCAUGAGCUGGGACGCACGGGGGAGCCGUUUCGCCCGGAGAUGCAGGCGUACGAGGAGGCGACGGAGCUGGGCACGUGGGAGAUGUGGAAGCUCCACGCGGAGCGGACAGAGUACCAGAAUCGAUAUCUCGACCGGUGGAAUCGGGCGGGCAUUGACGCCAUUCUUUGCCCGACGAUACCCUUUCCCACGGUCAAGGCCACGACGUUCAAGCAUGUCGCAUAUACUGGCGUGUUCAAUGUCCUCGACUACUCCGCCGUCUCCUUUGCCACGGGCCAUCACGUGGAUAAGGAUACGGACAGGUUGGACAGCUCCUACGAGCCACUCAGCGACACAUGCAAGGCCGUAAACGAGGAAUUCGAUGUCGACUUGUUGGACGGCCUGCCCAUCAGCCUGCAGCUCGUCGCCAGACGCCUUGAGGAGGAGAAGGUCCUGGCCAUGUCCCAGCGCGUGCUAGACGCGCUUUCCCAGUCCUGAGCGUCCAGGCCGGCAGUGGUGCAAGCAGUUCCCCCAAGGGGACACCAGAGAACCCGCAGCCAGCUUUGAACAUGAAGCACGCGUUGUAAAGCACGGACAUGUAUUUUAGCUAGCAUAUAGUGUUGUGGGUUGGUUGGUUAGCCUCGCCGUUGGCCGGCUCUUUCACUGGUCUCCCUCUCGCACGGCCACCUAUACAGCUCUUCUUCCUCCCAAUUACCUGUCGGCAUCAGGCUGCGAACAUUUCCUGGGAUAACCGUG